CUGUGUUGUGACAGGAUUUGUAACGUCAGUCUCGGUGCUGCAAGAAGCGCCGUGCAUGCCUCCUGUGUUUAUGUGUGUGUCGUUGGCUGGAGGGGUUACCACGAAGCUCCUGCAGACAGACAUUUUCUGAUCCUCCGGGCAUCCCAUAAUCUGUCAGAUUAAACCAGUCCUCUGGAUGAGACAGACCACCUUUGUGCUCCUGCGCCUCACGCCUCUUCGGGUGCCUAAAUAUCACCCUAUUGUCUUCUUCUUUCUAUUCUUAUUUAUUGAAAUCCUCAAACAACGCCGAUUUUUCCUCUUUCUUCUUCGUUGAAAUGACAGCCGGACCGCCUGAGCGCUGUCCGCGGUGCUGAAACUCCCCGCGACCUUCCACCUGCAGCGGCGAAUUUAUGCGUCUCCGGCUGGCAAUUUGACCGAGGACAAGUGGCGGACAGGGUGGAACUACCUGUUAGCUUCUCUCCAGGCUGCGGGAUAAUGCGUGCUCUGCUGCGAGUCUGACACCCAGGGAAGGGACUGAGAAGUGUCGUUUCAUAUUCAUUCAGCAUAUUUGAAUUGCUGCAUAUCUACUGACCUACUUUGUGCAAGUUGGGGACAAAUCCGACGCAGGAGAGGAAGCAGCGCAGGCUCUGGUUGUAAGAGGAUGGAAAUGAUAUUGAAACAGUGGUGACCCUGAGGGGAAACUUCCAGUAAAACGCAGGAGAGUUAAGGAGGAGAAAGGAAGAGCAGAAGGCGUGCUGAAGAGCCAGAGGUGUGCGCGGAGACAGAGAAGGUUAUGACCGCGCAUCUUCACCUGGACCUCGGGCUGCUGCUGCUGCUGCUGGCCUGCUGGCAAACACCGGGGAUGGUCGGAGCAACUGUGCCAGCACCCCCGGUGAACGUAUCGGUGACCCAGCUGAGGGCGCACUCGGCCAUGGUGACCUGGAACGUCCCUCAGGGAGACACUGUCAUUGGAUAUGCCAUUUCACAGCAGAGGCAGGACGGCCUGAUGCAGCGCUCCAUCCGAGAGGUGAACACGUCCAGCCGCUGGUGUGUGCUGUGGGACCUGGACGAGGACACCCACUACAGCGUCCAGGUGCAGUCUGUUGGGCCGCAUGGUGACAGCCAACCCAGCCGUGCCGUCCCCUUCAGGACUCUGGAGAGGACUGACCAUUAUCCAGCCGGAGUCCUGGACCAACAUGAACCAGCGAUGGAAGGUCUGGGCAUGACUCCUCAGUUACAGACAGGAGAGCUGCUCAUUAUCACCACUGUGCUGCUGCUGUGGGCAGCCGUCAUCGCCCUCUUCUGCCGACAGUAUGACAUCAUAAAAGACAACGACUCCAACAGCACCAAGGACAAAACCAAGAGGCCGCUGGUCCGCGCCACCUCCACCUACUACAACGCUUCAGCUGGCAGCUCACCCAUCUACCACAACGGAGCCGUACGCAGCAGCAGGCUUCACAGAGCCUCCUCCUCCAUCAGCAUCAUUAGAGUCUAGACUAGAGUUCGGAUGUUGGGACUCAGCUGCAACUUACAGCGCAGGACGGGCGGAGCUGAUGAUGCGCAACAGCAAACAACAUUUGCCUGAGGAACUUUCAGUGGGAUUAUCAUGACAAAUGGAGAAGUUAUGGACCUGGCUGGGAGUCUAAUCUAUUGUAAAAUAUGGGCAAAGAAAGAAGCACUCCAUGCAAAUCUAAUUCAAAUGAAGCUGAGGAGUCACACUGUGGAAUGCUACUGCUCUCUAGUGGCAGAAGACUGCAGUAUUAAUGGAAGCAGAUGCACACUGGCCUCUUGCAGCUUUGAACUCAUGUGGAUGUGGAAGAGUUCAGCGCAACAGGACACAUUUUGAAUUGCAGCCAAACUCAUUUCCUGUUGUACAAAGAUGUUUCAUUUCAGUUUCUCCCCUUCUCUCCGAUGUCUUGCCAGCAUGUCGGCCAAGUCCUGUCUGCCUCAAAUGAAUUAGUCAUUUCAAAAGGUCAAGUUUCAGGCAAUGUUGCUUUUAUGUUGGUUUUCAGGGUGUUUUAUUGAUAUUUGUUGCCAAACAGACUCACAACUUUUGGUUUAACAUGAAUGCAAGAGUGCGUGUUGUGACCUGUGUGUGUGUGUGUGUGUGUGUGUGUGUGUGUGUGUGUGUGCGCGCAUUUGUUUACAUUCCUACUAUUUUGUGCAAUUUAUACAUUUUUGCUUUCACCUCAUCUGUAUUUUUCAUUUCCUAAUCAGUAAUUAGAUGUACAGUACUAACAUCUAAAAAAGUAUUAUAUGUAGUUAGAAUAUGUACAUAGGUCAAAUUAAAAGUAUUAAUAAUUUAAGUGUAAUUCAAACAAAUAUACGAAUGUAUGGGAUGACGGCGUUGGAUUUACACUGUAAAGUUUCAUAAUCAGUUUGAUUAAAUCAACUCAUAAUUUUACCAUUAUGUAAUAAGAUAUUUGGUCACUUUAUAUUUGUAUCACUUUCAGAACUUUUAUUAUGCGUUAAAGUCAUAAAAUAUUGACUAAAUGACUAAAUGUCCCACUGAUUGUUCACUUAACUCAUCAAAUUAAGUUAAGAAACAUUAUUAGCUUAUAAGCAUACCUCCCAGCCUGCAUUGUAUUUGAGUUAAAAUUCUCCAGAAUGCAACAGCUACAAAUCAAGCCUAUUUAUCAGAUUUUGUCAAAAUAACUAAAGAGUUGUUGGCUGAACUUAAUAUCUUUAGGUUGUCUUAGUUAUUUUCUUAAGCUGACUCUGUGUGUUUUAUAUUAGAACAAUGAACAUUAAACAAACUUUAAUGUUAAUGUAAUGUUAAACAAGCUAUCCACACUGGUCUGGUGUAAUUUAACUAGAAUCACAUCCAGAUACAAUCCAGAAUAUAAUAAUUAAAACUGCACUAGGGAGCAUUUAUUAAUGUAAAACAGAGUGGGGCUACAACACAAAAGAUCCAUUUCCCACUUUAUAUACCCACUGUUUCUUGUCCUGUCAAACUUAGUUUUAGCAAUGUUGCUGAGAUCUCAGCAAUUAACUGAUAGAAAUGUUGUAAUAAUGUUGUGAUAAACUGGAAUCAUAAUUAUAAUUAUGGCCAGAAUUCUUGAUGUUGGGGACGAGAUUAACUAAAACGUCAAUGUUGAAUCUAAACAAGCAUCUCUGCUGCAUGAGUUCUUUGACCAAUGCAGUUAAAACACAUAGGGACAUCCUAAAACUGCAACAAUCAAUACUUCCUGAAUGAGACGUCAUUUCCGCCCCCUCACACCGGUCCUGCCGUUCUGCAGGUUCAACUCGCAAGAAGCAAAUGCAUCUCGCCCCCUCCUUCUAUAAAUGAAUGGGAUGUAAAAGAGAUCUUGGCCUUAAGAGGGAGCCGUUUGCUCACAUACAGUACGUCAUAUAAUUUAUGGGUCAUGAGGUUAGUAUCACUGACAGCUCUUUCUUGAAUGUACUACAGUUAAACCACACUAGAGUGAAGGUUAAAACAAACAUAAAAUGCUGAUUUUUACAAACUAUCAGUGCAAAAACUGCUACAGAAUUUCAGCAGAAUGGACUAAGAAGUGGGGCGUGUACGAUGUUGACACUUUGUGAUCAUUUUCAUGGCAAAAACUUCACUUCAUUUUGUAGUCCAUGUAUUUAGAAAUGCAAAGUAAAUUGAAAACUACAAUAUAUUUAUCUGUAAUGUCAUAAUUAACUACUGUGAGUUCAUCUUGCAGGAAUAUGACCUGCCAUAAUAUGUUUGAAGAAUUGCACAAUAUUUCGGUGUAAAGAUUAUAGGUAGAAGUCGUAAAGAGAUCUUUACCAUUAUUGUGUCAGUGGUGAGGAAAUAUGGGUAAUAAUGUCAGGACUGUUUUCAAAUUCCACUGUAAUUUUUUUAUUAUGUGUUGCUCCAUAUUACAUCAGUUUUGAUGGUAAUUAGAUGGUGUCUGAUUAUAAUUUCUGACUCUGUAUUCUCCAGUUUCAAUAAAAAAUAAAGAACUGUU